AGAGAGUAAGAGAGUGUGUCCCAUCACAGACUCCAACUUUUAUUCAGAAAUGCAGAUAAGUUUUACCACUAAUUUUCUUCACUCCAAAACCAGAUCUUCUUCUUCUUCUUCUUCCUCCUCCUACAGACCUCUACUUCGAUCACCAUGUGGCUCUCUCUCUUUCGCUCAGUCGACCGAUUUUCCCUCCUAAAUUUCAAAUAUGUAGUGAAGGAACUCCGGGAAAUUAAAGUUGUGAAUAAGCAUAACAAGGAAUUAGUGGUAGAUCUGUUGCAGUCUGUAGUGGAGAUAGUUACCUAUGGGAACAAACAAGACCCGAUGAUUUUCGAAUAUUUUAUGGAAUGUCAAGUUUUAGCCGAGUUUCUUCGCGUACUUAAGAUUAGCAGGAAUUCGAGAAUUGAUAUACCGUUGCUUCAGUAUCUGAGCAUAAUGAUCCAAAAUAUGGAUAGUGAGCAUGCAAUUUACUAUUGUUUUAGCAAUGACUAUAUCAACAACAUCAUAGAACAUCAGUACGAAUUCAAUCGAGGAGAUCUGGCUCAGUAUUAUGUAUCCUUUCUAAGAGCCAUAAGCGGUAAAGUAAACAGAGCCACACUUUGCCUACUUGUUAAGGUUCAGGGGAAUUCUGUAGUUUCAUUCCCAUUGUAUGAUGAGGCUCUUAAAUUUGCUUUCCAUGAGGAGAAGAUGAUUCAAACAGCCAUUCGUUCAUUAGCCCUCAGUAUAUACUAUGUUUGUGAUGAUAUGGUAUAUCAGUACAUAACAACUCCUCCAGUCUCAAAAUACUUCUCGGACUUGGUUAUAAGAUUAAGAGAGCAAUGCUCUCACCUGGAUUUCCUUGUCCAAGCCUCAGAGGAUGUCUGCAUUGAGCAUAAAAGAAAACAAAUGUUUUUGCAGGCUGAUAAAAUUGCAGACGAUCUGUAUUAUCUCAAGGACAUUCUUAAUAUUGGAGAGUCUCGUUUGAGUAGAUUAGUUGCUGAAAAUCUUCUCAGCUCACUAGUCCUUCCAAUAUUGCAACCAUUGCUGCACUCAAGCAAAAGAAAUGUCUCAAAUUUAUCUGGAGUAACUUCAUUAUAUCUUGUUUCUCGUCUUCUUCAAGUUAUUGAUGGAAAAGGCAUGAUGGAUCCUGUGGCUGGUGCUAUUUUAUAUCUGUACUUUGAUUCUAGUGUUCAAGAUGCCAUCAAGGACACUGCAACUGCCAAUCAUUUUACUGAUUCAUUUUCUAAGCGUCUGAAUAAAAUGGAAGAAAUGACAUAUUCUGUUUCUGAGUGUGAAGAAGAAAGCAUCAGCUGCCCUCCCUGUCAGGAUAGUUUCUGUGAUAAAAGGAGUGGAUUAAGUGCAUUUCUUUUUUCUGAGAAUCAGACUCUGCAAUUAGCAUCAUUGUUUUUAUUGCUUAUUGUAGCUGAAAUCAAAGAUCUUGAUUGUUCGCUCUUCCCAAAAAUUGGAUUAAAUGGAAUGCAUGGAGCAGAUAAAAAUUCAUUUUCAAGAUUUUUGGAUCAGAUUUUAAAUGCAUUAUUGAAGGUUUUAGCCAGCCAGACACCAUUCUCUGCAGUAAUAAAAUGGCAUACAGGGUGGUUCUUGCGGAAGCUACUGAUUGGUCGAGAGGAGUGCUUCCAUGAUCACAACUUACACCUAUUUAAUACUUCAUUUGAGCAGUCCCGCCAACAACUAGAAAAAGAACUUGAUGGGUGCUGGUUCGAUCACAUCCUGGAUACUUUAAGAAAUGAAUGGAAAAGUUGUACAACAGUUCUGGAGGAGUCAUUUCAUUCUAAAGAUGCUUUUUACAUUCUGGAGCUUGCUGUUUCCCAAAUAACCACUGAUGAUGAUGCAACUACAUUGAGUGCUUGGCAAAGGAUGGUUGACUCUGUGAAGGUUUUUGUUCUCCAUCUUCAGCUUAAGUCAUAUAUGCUCAGAGGAAAUUCGCUUGAAAAUCCAUUGCUGUGCCAGACAGAAAGUCCAGCUUCUAGCUCUGGUCAAAUUCAUUCAUCAGAUGUUUCAUCUGCGACUUUUGGUUCAGAGGUUUCCUUAGCAUCCGGAGUCCCUUGCAGAAUUGCAUUUUCCAAAGCCGGAAUUAGAGAUAUCUAUAUAAUACCUGUGACCACAGGAACUUUUGGCAGAUUACUCCUUACAGAGAAACAUCCUUUCCGUAGUCAACGAGGAGUCGUACUUGCAAUAGCACCAUUGGCUGGGCUUAGUCCAAAGAUUGAUGACAUCCAUCCUACAUGGUUGCAUCUUCGGAUUAGGGAGUUUGACCCAAUUUUUUUUACUAAUAUAAUCAAAGGUUCUCACUCAAGCAUGUCCAGUCAUGGGACAGAUGGAAAAUGGACGCUUGGGUUUCAAAAUGCAGAUGCUUGUGAGGCUGCAAGAUUCUUGAUACUUAAGGAAACUAGGAAGCAGAGAUCAAAAGUUGAGAGCUUACUUUCUCCAUUACUUCAUAAUGACUGGCCUAAAGAUGAAUGGAAUGGUCAUGAUAAGUAAAGAUAUAUAACUUAUAGCAACUAGAAGUUUGUUCUCUUCUAAUUCUUUUUUGUAUACUAAAUUUUGGUUUAUCAUAAAGCUAACAUGCUAAGCUAGUAAGCUACUAGCCGAGUACUACCUUGUAAUGAUUGUUUUUAAGAGGUGUAAGUUGAUGUGUUAUUCUUUCAUGUAAUGUUUGGAAGGUAGAAUUUGCAUUGGCUGACUCAUAAGGAAGGCAUAAAUUUGUAUUUGCUUUGUUAAGAGUUUACGCUAUUGAGUUCUUGUAGGAUACCAACUCUCUUUGUUUUCUAAAUCAUUUUCCAUUAU